GGGGCCCGGACUCCCCCGCCGAAAGCACCGGAGAGGCGGUGAGGGAUGGGAGCGCGUCCUCCAGCCACUGGGAGCCGCACCGGAGGACCUCAUCCCGCACGCGCCGCAGAAUCGCCUCCAUGUCUGCCAUGGCACAGACCUCCACAAGGUGGUUCUAGGUCUCCGAAAUAUGUCUGCAGAGGCGGGACUGUCCUCCUACAGCUAUGAAACUCUGAAAGUCACCACACCAGCGGACCACGUGUUCCACGUGGAGAUAAACCGUCCAGAGAAGAGAAAUGCAAUGAACAAGGCUUUCUGGAGGGAGAUGGUGGUUUGCUUUCAGGCUCUCGGAGAAGACUCCAAUUGUAGGGCAGUUGUCAUUUCUGGAGCCGGGAAAAUGUUCACAUCAGGGAUCGAUCUCAUGGAUCUGGCAAGUGACUUUUUACAGCCGCAGGAGGAGGAUGCUGCAAGAAUUGCCUGGAAUAUUCGCAAGAAGAUUUGUGAAUAUCAGGAAUCUUUUUCUGUUAUUGAGAAGUGCACAAAGCCUGUCAUUGCAGCGGUUCACAAUGGUUGCAUUGGAGGAGGUGUAGAUCUGGCUACUGCCUGUGAUAUCCGCUACUGUUCCCAAGAUGCCUUUUUUCAAGUAAAGGAGGUGGAUGUGGGUUUGGCUGCUGAUGUGGGAACCUUGCAGCGCCUGCCGAACAUUAUUGGGAGCAGAAGCUUGGUGAAUGAGCUGGCCUUUACCGCUAGGAAGAUGAUGUCAGAUGAGGCCUUAAGCAGCGGACUAGUCAGCCGGGUGUUCCCUGACAAGUCCUCCCUACUUAGUGCUGCCUUUGAGUUGGCCACUGAGAUUGCCAGCAAGAGCCCUGUUGCUGUGCAAGGAACUAAAGUGAAUUUGGUGUAUUCUCGGGAUCACUCGGUGCAGGAGAGUCUGAAUUACAUGGCCACCUGGAACAUGAGUAUGCUACAAACCCAGGACAUCAUGGCAUCUGCACAGGCCGCUUUGCAGAAGAAGACCCCAAAAGACGUCACAUUUUCUAAACUGUAGGAGUUGUCUGAAUUAAAGGGGAUUGAUGCAUCUGGCUGGAUGGCAAAGACGUGCGAUAGCUAAAGUGUCCGACACGAGUGCAAAAUCUCUUUCCUGCUGAUCGAUAGUGAGGAGUUAUAGAACAGCUGUUAAUGCCUUUAUAUCAGAAAGAAGUGUAUAAACCAUUACAGCAUACGCAUAAAAAAAAAAAGUGCCCAUAUUUGCUCUGCAAAAAAAAAAAACAUUUCUAAAAUAAACGUCCUUGAUUUAAAUGACCAUUUCCAGAAUACUUCCCCUCCGUAAUAAUUUUAAUACAAUUGAGGUGGCACCAUCUCUAAAGUAAGCUGCGAUUUGUUUAUUCCUGCAGACAUUUCUUGUUUUUAAUAGAAUUUCCUACACAACUGGUAGUUCUUUUGUGUACUAUUACAAAGUUUAUGUCGAUGGGGGUAGAAUCCAUAUAUUUUAUUUUAUAGGUUUUAUUUAUAAAUUGCACAUUGAAGGUCUUCC